CUUCACGUCUAGUUUACUUACACGAAUAUCAUGUUGUUAUCCACGAUCUUGGUUUCACUCGCUGCUGGCGCACUAGCAGGAGGAAGUGGCUGGCAAGGCGGCAGUGGCGGUGGUUUCGGCUUCGACAGCGGGCCGUCGAUCGCUGCGGCGCGCUCCGGAGGCGGCUGGGGUGACUCCGGAGGCCUAGGUCGGUCUACUGGCGGCUGGGCCUCUGGUGGCAGCUUCGGCAGAUCCAGUGGACUCGGGCGAUCCGGCGGAUGGGGAGGUUCCUCAGGAUUUGCUCGUUCAAGCAACGGCGGCGGUUGGGGGUCGAAUAGCCUCGGGCGCUCCGGUGGUUUCGGUGGCGGCUGGGACUCGGGAGCCGGAAACUCAGGGACAAGCUUCAGAUCUUCCUCAGGGUGGAACAAUUCAGGGUUCGGAGCUCGCUCUAACGGCGGCGGUUGGCAAUCGUCCUGGUAAAUGACUUAAAAGUCAAGGAAACGUUUUUCUUGUUCGAUCUACGAAACAUUUUUUUUUCUUUUUUUAAUUAUUAACGGUACCUAUUAAAGUGUUUAUUAUAUAUUAUGUAUAUGUGUUUAUUGUGGCUAGUAAGUAUUAUAUAAUUAAAUAAGUAGGUGUCAAUCAUACUAUAGGUACACAAU